AUGUCUAGCAACCUCGACAAGGCUCUCGGCGAGAUCGAGAAGACUCAGCGCCGUGCCGGUAGCCGUCGUCGCACCCAGCGCAACGCCGCCGCUCGUGCCAAGGUCGCCAUUGCUGCCCCAACUGGAGGUGUCAAGAAAACUAGCAAGCCCGCCCACAAGGCCGGUGCUAAGGUUGCGCCUGCCCAGAUUGCGCCUGCCAAAGGCGAAAGCAAGGUUAUCGUGAGCAACCUGCCUAGGGAUGUCACUGAGCAGCAGAUCAAGGAGUACUUUGUUCAAUCCGUUGGACCCAUCAAGAGGGUUGAACUGGUCUACGGGCCAAAUUCGCAGAGCCGCGGUAUCGCCAACGUAUCCUUCCGUGAUGUCAACGGCGCCAGCAAUGCUUUCCAGAAAUUGAAUGGCCUGCUCGUUGACGGACGGCCAAUCAAGAUCGAGAUUGUCGUUGGUGCCGCGCAGGCAGACAAGAUUCUCCCUACUGCCAAGACUCUGGCUGAGCGCACUACGCAACCCAAGGCUCAACCCAAAUCCCAGCCCAAGUCUGCCGCGGCCGACAAGAAGGGCGCUGCCGGCAAGGCUAAGGCCGGCAAGGCUAAGAAGGGACGUGCCAGCAGCGGACGCCCAACUAAGAAGACUGCCGAGGAGCUCGAUCUCGAGAUGGCCGAUUACUUUGUUGGCAACGAGAACGCCGGCAACACUGCUGCGGCUCCAGCCCCUGCGGCUACUGGCAACGGCGAGGCUAUGGAGGAGAUCAUGUAA